AGAAGCGAACACCGUCAGAUUGACUUGAGUGCCUCGGACUCUUUUUCUCCUGCAGAGACAAGUGUGAGCAGCAGAAGGCUGACAGGAUGGCAUCAGGUGGGCUCCAGAUGCUGGGCUUGGUCCUGGGCAUUCUAGGCUGGAUCGGGGCAAUUGUGACAUGCGCUGUGCCCAUGUGGAAGGUGACAGCAUUUAUCGGAGAGAACAUCGUGACUGCACAGAUCACCUGGGAAGGCAUCUGGAUGAACUGUGUGGUGCAGAGCACAGGACAGAUGCAAUGCAAGGUGUACGACUCCAUGCUCGCCCUUUCCCAGGAUCUCCAGGCUGCUCGUGCUCUCAUCGUUGUGUCGAUUGUGGUAGGCAUCUUGGGCAUCCUGUUGGGUGUAGCUGGGGGCAAGUGCACCAACUGUGUGGAGGACGAAACAUCCAAGACCAAAGUGGGUGUGGCUGCAGGCGUGGUCUUGAUAGCAGCAGGCAUCCUGUGCCUUAUACCUCUCUGCUGGACAGCCAACGCCAUCAUCCGGGAUUUCUACAACCCCCUGCUGGUCUCCUCACAGAAGAGGGAGAUCGGGGCAUCGCUCUACAUCGGCUGGGCUGCCGCCGCCCUUUUGAUCAUUGGGGGAGGUUUGCAUUGCUGCAAUUGCCCUCCGAAGGAGGACUCAUACAAGGCCAAAUACAGUGCUGCUCGCUCUGCAGCUUCGGCUCCCAAAAACUUUGUUUGACUGGAAUCUGCUGGUCUCCUUUCAAUUUACUGCCCCAGUUAUCCUUUUUGAUUGCCUUGACGCAAAGUGCAUUUCAAAGACUUUAAAAUCAAGUGGAACUUGUGCCUUUGACAUAUGUGAACCAUUGUAUGUAAAAAAGAUAAUGCCGGAGUGCUCCAGAAACAAUAUAUCGUUAUGCCCAAAGGGGCUUUUGACCGUUGCGAUUUUUACAGUGUGUUAAAGACUACGCGAUUCCUCACAAAUGAAUUUAAUAAUCUGUUUUGUGCUUGUCUUGUAUCCAUUAUCUCAAUUGCACCAUAAUGAUGUCAUUAUUUCUCAAUGAGCAGUGUUUACAUUUCUUUGAGAGGCAGGUCAUACAUCUCUUUUGUUCCAUGCCAGAUGAUUAAGUGGUUUUCUUUGUAAACUAUAUACUUCAUGUCUAUAUUCUUGGUGUUUGGUAAUUUUGUAUGAAAUACAAUUUUUCUUGAGAAAAUAAAGAGCUAUUUUUGGAUACAUGCCACAAUACACCGCCAAGCAUUUUCCAUUAUCUAAGAAAAUGAAAAGCAAGAAGAUAAACAUGCAGUGCUGUUUUGUGCUUCUUUUUAAACACUUAUUU